GAACACCGAUCGUUGGACGGGACCUCUGUGCAAGGUCCUGAUCAUGUGAUCACCGAUUGGCCAAUCAGUGAUCACAUGCAGAAUAGUAAGCAAGAUGUCACUUCUGACAUCAUUGCUUACUACGUGUGAAAUCUGUGAAUGAUCACAGAGGUCACAUGGUACAAGGCUAUUCACAGCAGCCUUGUACCAUGUGACAAGCUGUGGCCAAUCACAGCUUGCACAGUAUUUCUCAUCGGCUGCAGGAAUGCAGCCAGAAAGAAGGAGAAAUUAUUGCUUUUACAGCCUUUAUGGGUGUAAAAGCAAUGAGUGUAAAAAA